GGCGCCCAGCCCAGGAGCCCGAGGGCAAUUUGGGGGGCGGAGCCCACCCCCGGAUCUCUGAGCUGGCGCCGGACCUGAUUGGGCGGCCGGGCGGGCGAGCUCCGACAGCUCGGAUCCCAAGCCAAGAUCAGAUUCUGCCGGAGUCGCUCGAGAGCAGCCCGGGACGUCGGAGGUCGCAGCGCUAGGAAGAUGGGAAUCAUCCUCGGCUACUGGGAUAUCCGUGGGCUUGGCCAUGCAAUCAGACUACUUCUGGAAUACACAGAAACUCCUUAUGAGGACAAACAGUAUAGUGUUGAAAGAAAAGAUCCAGAGUUUGACUUAAGCCAAUGGACCAGUGUGAAAGAGAAACUAGGCUUGGACUUCCCAAAUAUUCCAUAUCUAAUUGAUGGUGAGAGAAAAAUUACACAGAGCAAUGCCAUCCUGCGGUACCUUGCACGCAAGCAUAAGAUGUGUGGUGAGACUGAAGAAGAAAUAAUCAGAAUAGACAUACUUGAGAACCACAUCAUGGAUUUUCGAGUGAGCUUUGCAGAAUUGUGCUACAGCCCAGAUUUUGAAAAACUGAAGCCUGAAUACUUGGAAGAACUUCCUGGGAAGCUGAAGCUCUUUUCCCAGUUUCUGGGGGACAGGAAAUGGUUUGCAGGAAAUAAGGUCACCUAUGUAGAUUUCCUUGCCUAUGACGUCCUGGAUCAGCAGCGGAUGUUUGAGCCGAAAUGCUUCAAUCAGUACAAAAACCUACAGGAUUUCUUUGACCGCUUUGAGGUGAAAUUUCUGAUGAGCUCCAGAUUGGAGCAUUGGAGGCAUUGUUCUGAUACCAUUGGGGAAAAGAAUGCAAUCCUCACUUCAACUAAGCUUUCCAACAAU